UCUCUGUACAUAAACUUGUUACCUCGCCCGCCCGUGUCAUAUGAUUGAUUUUCUCGUAUUGACUACCACGACUGUUCCCUUCCCACUCUAUGACUCCUGCUUUGUAUCAAGACUCACAGAAAUAAAUGAAGUUCCCAUCCUUCCUUCAAGAGCAGAUUUAGCGGAAAUUCAGACAUGGAUGAUUAUGCGAUCAAAGCAUAUGACGCGUCUCAGCGCGUUCGCUCGUGUCUACUACCACCAUGUCCUUUUCCGAAAACUCUCCAGCACAAUUCUGCGGCAUCCCCCUUGAGUCAGAUCCGACUAUCUUCACAGACCUGAUGCACGCUCUCUGCGGGGUGCGAUCCCACCUGCUGACCUGCGUCGAUCUGCUCUCCCUUGACCCAGACGAUCUCGUUCCUGGCGGUCCCUUGGCUCUGCCAGGCAAGUUGCGCGGAAUCAUUCUGGUGUACAAUACCAACCCCGCGUACGAAUCCUCGAUCGACUACGAGCGGGAGAAAGCGCGAGAUGCGGGGCGAGGGUAUGCUGGUCGAGGGUCCGACGAGCCGAUGUUGUGGGUCGAGCAGAUCGUCCCCCACGCAUGCGGGUUCUUCGCACUGAUGCACAUCGUUUCAAACUUGAGUCGAUUGGGUGUAGAUUCGCCGUAUAUAGGUUCGUUCGUGACUUCUCGUCCUUCUGGUGGAGUGUCCGCACACAGGUCAUUGCUGGCUGACCACUGGUAUAAGACCCAGAUUCGCCCAUGGGAA